AUGGAGCAACGUGCUGUAUCUGGUGUGCCCGCCUUCGGGACGCAGCAGCAGCAGCAGCAGCAGCAGCAGCAGCUGCAACAGCAGCAGCUGCAACAACAGCAGCUGCAACAGCAACUUCAGCAGCAACUGCAACAGCAGCAGCAGCAGCCGCAGGAGGACGAGCUGCUGCUGCUGCUGCUAGCAUCUGCUGAUGGCCUUGCUGACAUGGGAUCGGCUCCCUGCUUGUUUCUUGGACAAAGAGGACCAGAAGAAGCAGCAGCAGCAGCAGCAGCACUUGCUGCUGCAUUGCAACAACGUGUGGAUAGCCACAUAGGGCAGCAGCUGCUGCAGCAAAGACAGCAGCAGCGGCAGCAAAGUUGCAAGGUGCGUAGGCCGUCUCUCUCUUGGCUACGGGGUAUACAUACGUCUCCUUUUGUUGCUGCUGCUGCGCUGCGGCAGCUGUGGGGUAUAAGCAACAAAGCAGCAGAAGCAACAAGGGUGCUGCUGUCCGAAGGAUCGUCUCCCGAUGCACAGCAGCAGCAGCAGCAGCAGCAACAGCAGCAACAGCAGCAGCAGCAGCAGCAGCGGGGACUUGAGCUGCUCGCAGGUACGCUGUCUAGUGGCUCCUUCCUCUUUGCUGUGCAGACACUCCGCCGCUGCUUCCUCCUCCCCACACCUGCUCAUUGCUUACCAAGCAGCAGCAGCAGCAACAACAGCAGCAACAGCAGCAACAGCAACAACAGCAGCAACGGCUGUUGCUUCUGCAGCACGACGGGUUCGGACUUUGGCGGUGCUGCAGUGACGUGCGCAGCAGCAGCAGCGGUGGUGAUGCUUCGAGAGGCAGCAGCAGCAGCAGCAGCGGCAGCAGCAGCAGCAGGUGCUGUUGCAGGGAAAGGCGACCUGGUGCUGCAACAGCAGCAAAAUACCUGGUAUAUGCGGGAGCAGCUGCUGCUGCCAGCAAACAGGUUCCUGCUGCUGCUGCUGCUUGCGGUGUCUGUACCUGGGCUGGAUAUACACCCGAGCCUACGGCCCCUUAAGGACGAGGUAUCCAAGACAGCAUGCAUGCUGCUGGUGCUGUAUAAUGACAGAGACAGCAGCAGCAGCAGCAGCAGCAGCACCAGCAGCACCAGCAGCCGCUGCCCCACCUGGUGGCUGCCGCACUGCGCUGCAGCAGCUGCUGCUGUCCUUGAUCCCACCUUUUGUGCAGCAGCAGCAGCAGCACAAGCAAGUCGCUACAACUUGCUGCUGCUGCCUUGUGGGGAACGGUGUGCUGCUGCUUCUCUUUCGCGUAGCUGCAGCAGCUUCCCGCUGGCGACGUUGCAGGAAGCAGCAGCUGCAGCAGCAGAUGAGACAGCAGCAGCAGCAACAGCAAGAACCAUAUGGGCCAAAGCUGCAGGCAAGGCAGCCCUGGAGGUGCUAUCUGCAUGCGCAUGGAUAGUGCUGCAGCAGCAAGGGCCUGCAGGGCAGCAGCUGCAGCGGGAGAAGCCAGCAGAGCUGCUGCUGCGGUCGCAGCAGCAAAGCGGAGACAGUCUCUACCGACUCCUAAGAGCAGCAGCAGAUCCAACGGUGCUGCUGCUGCUGCUGGAGGCAGCUAGCCGUUUUAUUGCUGCUGCUGCAGCUGCUAUGGGACCAGAACCGCUGCAGCAAACAGGCGUGCUGCAGCAGCAGCGGCAGCAGCAGCAGCAAAUGCAUGCAUCUACUGCUAGAGCCAAGACUAACGAAUUACUAGCAGCAGCACCACAGCUACAUGAAGUGCUGCGGUGUAUAGGCAGCUGGUUAGCUGCAGCAGCAGGAGAUUUGCUGCUGCUGCCUGCGCUGCCAUUCCUCAGCACGUGUUUGCUGCCUUCUGUGCUGCAGCUGCUGCGGACUUGCUGCUUCUUGGAGAGCCUCUGUGGGGGUCCCCAAACAGCAGCAACGAGUGCAGCAGUAGCUGCUGCUGCUGCAGCAGUAGAGCCACUAGAGGACUCUCCCGACCUAGCAGCAGCAAAGGAAGCAGCAGCAAAUGUUGCAGAAGCAGCAGCAGAUGCAUUCAUUGGGGGAGUGUCUCUGUUUGCGGUACGCAACUUGCCCGCAGAGAAGAAUAGCAGCAGCAGCAACAGCAGCAACAGCAACAGCAGCAACAUCAACAGCAGCAACAGCAGCAGCAGCAACAGCAGGAGGCAGAGAUGUGCCUCCCGACAGCAGCAAAAGGGGAUGUUGUUCCCACAGCAACAGGACAUGGGCAGGUGGCUGCACGUGUCCGCUGCAGUGCAGCAGCAGCAGCAACAACAGCAGCAGCAGGAGCAGCGCCACAGUUUGUGCGUAUUAGAGCGUCUGCUGCUUUUUUCCCACAUUUGCUCAGGGAUGCCUGCUGAUUUAGCAUGCAGCAGCAGCGAGGAGUCUGCAGCAGUAGCAGCAGCAGCAGCAGCAACAGGAACUGCAGCAGGAGCAGCAACAGCGCAUGCAUCACGGGUCAUGGGGUGUAUGGCCUCCAUCUUUGCUGUUGAGAUCUGCACAGUGUUGGCCUUAGUGGAGGCAGAAGCAGCAGGAGCAGCAGCAGCAGAAGCAGAAGCAACAGCAGAAGCAGAAGCAGAGGCACCAGCAGCACCAGGACCAUCGGCAACAUCAGCAGCAGCAGCAGCAGCAGCAGCAGGGGGAGCAGCAGCAGGACCAGCAGCAGGACAAGCAGCGGCCGGACUGUCUCCCUCUGUAUUCUUUCGCAUUUGUUAUGCCAUGUGCAGCGACGCAUUGAUGCCUUUCCCACAGGCAGCAGCAGCAGCAGCAGCAGCAGCAGCAAAAUAUCCUCAGGAAGGUGGACCCUUCCUGCAGCAGCAGCAGCAGCAGCAGCAACAGCAACAGCAACAACAACAGCAGCAGCACCACCAGCAGCGGUCCCCGAGUCUGUGCGUCCGACUACAGCACAACCAUACUCUAUUGGAUGAGCGCGUGGUGCAGCAGCAGCAGCAGCUAGGUGCUCUUGCUGCAGUAAGCAGCGGCCAUGAGGCAGCAGUUUGUGCUGCACUAAGAAGAGGCUCGCUGCUGCUGCAGCAAUGGCUUUGCUGCAGCAGCUGGGGAUCAAGAAGAAGCUACUGGCCUGCUGUUGAGGCAGCGCAGCAGAUGGCUGCUGCAGUAAAGACACUGCAGCAGACGCUGCAGCUGCGUCAGGCAGCAAAUGAAGCAACAGCAGCAGCAGCAGCAUUACAUACUAGCACACAGCAGCAACAGCAGCAGCAGCAGCAGCAACAGCAGGAGCUAGCUACUAUAGAGGCAGCACUUGUACGCAGCGCAGGGGGAUGGAUGCGGCGAGUUACUUGUCGUCUUGUUGAGGUCUCGGCAUUCCCCUCAGGCUUUAACAGCAGCAGCAGCAGCACAGGAGGCAGCAGCAGCAACUGCAGCAGCAGCAAGGAAGAGACAGAAGCUUUCUUUAACCUUAGGUCCGAUAUACGGGGAGCCUUACGCAACCUGUUUUCUCCCGAGGGCCAGAUGGUAUAUCGGUUGCAUGACGGCCUCCUACCGGACUUGACCAACAGAGCCUUAUCCUUGCUGAGGAACUGGUCAGCAGAGCAGCAGCAGCAGCAGCAGCAGCAGAAGCAGAAGCUGCAGCCAUGGGCAGCAUUUGAGUCCAUCCUGCAUGCUGUUGCUGCAGUUGCGCAUGCAGCAGACUGGAGGUGCAGCAGGGCACUACAGCAGCUGCUGCUGGCUUUGCUGUCUCCUGCUGCUUUUGUACCUCCUCCAGGAGGAGGGGCAGUUGCCGCUGAUGCAGCAGCAGCAGCAACAGCAGCAGCAGGAGCAGCAACAGCAGCAGGAGGAGGGAGGGCUCCUUGGGUGUUACAGUCUCACCGUUUGCUGCUGAGCUCCGUGCUGCAGCUAUUAGGUGCCCUUGAUUGGUGGCUGCUGCAGCAGCCGCAGCUUCUUCCUGCUGUGCUGCUGCUGCUGCAGCAAUCCGUGCUGCUGCCGCAGUGGGCAGGAGAAGGUUUAUCUUUAUCUACUAAGGAAGAUCAUUUAGGUUGUGUCUCCUUACUCAAGCUUUGUGCUGCAGCAGAGGCAGCAGGAGUUUGCUGCUGCAUGCAGCAGCCAGACAGCCCCAUAUCUACACAGAACUUCUGUGUCUUUGCCUUACAGCUUGUUGAGGCUGUUGCUGCUAUCCCUGCAAACAGCAGCAACAGCAGCAGCAACAACUGCAGCAGCGGCACAGGGGGCAGCACUAACGAAGACAGCGAAUGGGUAGCAGCAGAGAAGCAACUCUGCAUGCAAAGCAGACACUGCGUUGUUGCUGUUGCAGGCAGAUUGCUGGCUGUCUCUUGCCGUAUACAUGCGGUGCAGCAGAUGCAGCAGAUUAUGCACCGGCAGCAGCAGCAGCAGCAACAACAACAGCAGCAGCAGCAGCAGGACCCAUACAUUAUUGCGGGCCUGGUUCUAAGACGACAUAUGCAAAUCCUUGGAGGCCUAAUAAGGCAGCUGCUGCAGCUUAAACCCCCAACAGCAGCAACAGCAGCAACAGCAGCAGCAGCAGCAGCAGCACGGCGGGAGAGGCUGAUCGUAGCUACAUGCACAUUUGUGCUGCAGUCUCUGGAGGCGUUUCUUGCUGCCAGCAUACAGCCACUCUUGGAGCAGAGCACAGCAGCAGCAACAGCAGCAGCAGCAGCAGGCCGUCUGCCUCUAGGAUUCGUUUGCUGCAGCAGGGGUUCUGUGCAGUCGAGACCUGCUAGCAGCAGCUGCAGGCAGCAGCAGCAGCAGCAGCAGCAGCGACACUGCCCCCUUGUAUUCUCUUCUGCACUGAAGCGAUUGGGCUUCUAUAGUGUGCGGCAGCGUGCUGCUCGGAGACGGCAGCAGCAGCAACAGCAGCAGCAGCAGCAGCAGUACGACCAACAGCUGCUGAAUGAACAGGAGCUGCAGCACGAACAGCAGCUGCAGCAGCAGGAGCAGCUGCACCAGCAGCUGCUCCUCUUCGGGAGAGGAGGCAGCGAAGACUGUCUCCUUGGGGGGGCCUCCUCUGCUGCAGCAACAAAUGCAGCAGCAGCAUCUGCUGCUGCUGCCCAUGGGGCCUCUCAUGGCCUAAUGCGGCUGCUUGUGCUGCAUAUAAAUGAACAGGCGCAGACACUGCAGCUGCUGGCAGCAGCAGCAGCAGCACUUGCUGCGGGCAAACAUUGGCAUGAUCUGCAGCAGCGGAAGCAGCAGCAGCAGCAGCAGCAGCAGCAUCAUCAACAACAACAGCUGAGCAGCAAGGCGGACUGCCGUUUGCCUCUUGAGCACUUGUGGCACCACCGCCGCUUUUUUGAUAACAGGUAG